CUUAGCUGAGGCCUGGCCUCCUCCAGGAGAGCCUAGGAGGCUGACUGGGCAGAUCUCCGCCCGCUCCUGGGUUGAGGUAAAAAUGAGCUCUUCUUCAAGAAGAAAAGGGAAGCCAAAUAAAGGAGGUGGAAGAGGCGGUGGCAAAGGUGGAGGAGGAGGAAGAAGUGCUGGAGGAGGAGGGCGAGGUGGCAAGAGUCACUCUAGUAAAUCUCAAGCUGGUGGCAGUAGAAAAGGCUCAAGUAAAAUUUGGGAUGAUGAAGAUGAUUUUUGUAUCUUCAGUGACUCGAGAGUUUCAUCCAGGCCUAGCAGCAGUACUAGCAAGGGAGGAACACAACCAAAACGGAGGACUGAAACCAGAGGAUCCUUACAGACACUCCAUAUGACUUCUGAGAAUCAGGAGAAAGUAAAAGCUCUUCUUCGAGAACUCCAAGGACAAGAGCCGGAUGCUGGAUUUGAAGGAGGUGCUUCUGGGGAAGAAGAAGAGGUUGAUUUUUGUGAUGAUGAACAGGACCGGUCUGCCAGUCAGGAGGGUUCCCUUGUUCAUAACCAUGUCUCUCUGGAACAAACUAGUUCUGUUCUUGUGAAGCCUCACAUUCCUGAAAUUGAGAUAUCUCCAUUUGCAGUCCAAAAACUCUCCCGGUACGGUUUUAAUGCUGAACGUUGCCAAGCAGCAUUGAAGUCUUGUGAAGGUGAUGUUGGGGCCUCCCUGGAAUAUCUUCUGUCUCAGUGCUUUUCAGAAAGAUAUCCAGAAAGAAAAGAGAUCUCUGAGGCAGCAUCCUCUGUCAGUUGGGAAGAAUGUGUGGAACAAAGGCAAGAAGAAGCCUUUGCUCUCCGGUCAAUCUGUGGAGAAAAAUUUGUAGAGAGAAUUCAGAACAGAGUCUGGACAAUUGGAUUGGAGCUGGAGCACCUAACAAAUAAACUCUGCAAAUCCAAACAGAAAGAAAGUGCCAAAAAAGUACAGUUUUCACGUGGAAUCUGUCAGUUCUAUCUCCAAGGAAAUUGUAGAUUUGGAUCAAAGUGCAAAUUCAGGCAUGAAAAUCCCGCCAGACAGCUUUCAAGAAAAACAGAGCGACCCAAGGAUGAUUCUCAUCUUAGAUCCAAUGGAGAUGUCUCUUUUUUAUAUGAACUUGAAAUUAGAUUUUCUGAAGACAGCAAAUAUCCUUACCAAGCACCUCUGGUGGCAUUUUAUUCCAUCAAUGAAAAUUUACCUUUGGCUUGUCGUUUGCAUAUUUCUGAGUUUCUUUAUGGGAAGGCCUUGACAUUUGCAGAGACUGCUGAACCUGUUGUAUAUUCUUUGAUAACCCUUUUGGAGGAUGAAAAAGAAAUUGCCAAAUUAUUAACAAAUACCCAUCACAAGUAUAGUGUGCCUCCAAUAAACUUGUUGCCAGUCCCCCCUGUGAACAGGACAAAUAAUACUGCCAGUCGUAAACUAGUGGUUCCAAAUAGUUCCUUUGUUUCUAAUCCUGUGCCAGAAGUCAAGAAAGAACCAGAACCUGAGGAGGAAGACGAUGAGGAUGAAGGUCUUACACCAGUUAUAGUAGAGAAUGAAAGCUAUGUCAACCUCAAGAAAAAGAUUUCCAGGAAAUAUGAUUGGCAGGCUAAGUCUGUAUAUGCUGAAAAUGCUAAAAUUUGCAAGCAGAUUCAAAUAAAAAAGGCUUCCAGACAAUACCAGUCAAUUCUGCAAGAGAGACGAUCACUCCCUGCUUGGGAAGAAAGAGAAACCAUUCUUGAUUUGCUGAGCAAGCACCAAGUGCUUGUUGUGAGUGGUAUGACUGGGUGUGGGAAAACUACACAGAUACCUCAGUUUAUUCUCGAUGAAACUCUGAAUGGACCUCCUGAGAAGGUAGCAAAUAUCAUCUGUACCCAACCUCGACGGAUCUCUGCUAUUUCUGUAGCUGAACGUGUGGUUAAAGAAAGAGCAGAAAGGAUUGGUCUUACUGUGGGAUACCAGAUCCGCUUAGAGAGUGUCAAGUCUUCAGCGACCAGAUUGUUAUACUGCACUGCAGGAGUGCUGCUGAGAAGGUUGGAAGGAGACGCAGCUCUCCAAGGAGUCACUCAUAUCAUUGUGGAUGAAGUUCAUGAGAGAACAGAAGAAGGUGAUUUCUUACUGCUAGUCUUAAAGAACCUGCUGUCUAAGAAUCCAGAUCUUCGUGUUGUUCUGAUGAGUGCCACUGUGAAUGCUGAGCUUUUCUCAGAAUACUUUAAUUCCUGCCCAAUUAUUAAUAUACCAGGCCGGACAUUUCCUGUUGAUCAAUUUUUUCUGGAAGAUGCAAUUGCUAUGACUAAGUAUGUGAUCGAGGAUGGCAGCCCAUAUAUGCGUUCCACAAAGCUAAGUUCAGAAGAAAGAAAAGCCAGACGCAACAGAACUGCGUUUGAAGAAGUAGAAGAGGACCUGCGGCGCUCUCUACAAUUUUCUGAGGAUUUUGUCAGUGAUUCAGUGCCAGAUCAACAGCUCAAUUUUAAGCAGCUCUCAGCCCGCUAUCAAGGGUUUAGUAAAUCUGUAAUCAAAACAAUGUCACUAAUGGAUCUAGACAAAGUUAACCUUGAAUUAAUAGAAGCCUUACUAGACUGGAUUAUGGAUGGAAAGCACUCAUACCCACCAGGUGCUGUAUUAGUAUUUUUACCAGGACUAGCAGAAAUUAAAAUGCUUUAUGAACGGCUACAGUGUAAUUCUGUCUUCAACAACAGACGAGGUAACCGAUGUAUCAUUCUUCCACUUCACUCUUCUUUGACCAGUGAAGAACAGCAAGCUGUAUUUGUUAAACCUCCUGUAGGAGUCACCAAGAUCAUUAUCUCCACCAACAUCGCAGAGACAUCUAUUACCAUCAAUGAUGUUGUCUAUGUAAUUGACUCUGGGAAAAUGAAAGAAAAGAGGUAUGAUGCAAGCAAAGGCAUGGAAAGUCUAGAGGAUACUUUUGUGUCUCGAGCUAAUGCUCUGCAAAGAAAAGGCCGAGCAGGGCGUGUUGCCUCUGGAGUCUGCUUUCAUUUAUUCAGUAGUCAUCACUACAAUAAUCAGCUUUUAAAACAACAUCUACCAGAAAUACAAAGAGUACCAUUGGAACAACUGUGUCUCAGAAUUAAAAUUUUGGAGAUGUUUAGUGAUCACAGCCUUCAGUCUGUGUUCUCUCAGCUUAUUGAGCCACCUCGAAUUGAGUCUCUCCGGACUGCAAAAGUUCGACUUCAAGACUUAGGAGCUUUAACUUCAGAUGAAAAGUUGACCCCCUUGGGUUAUCAUUUGGCUUCUUUACCAGUGGAUGUGAGAAUUGGCAAGCUCAUGCUAUUUGGUGCCAUCUUCCGUUGCCUGGAUCCUGCCUUAACAAUUGCAGCUAGUUUGGCCUUUAAGUCCCCUUUUGUAUCUCCCUGGGACAAAAGGGAAGAAGCAAAUCAGAAAAAGUUAGAGUUUGCAUUAGCAAACAGUGAUUAUCUGGCCCUUCUUCAGGCAUACAAGGGUUGGAGGUUGUGCAUCAAAGAAGGUGCUCGUGCAAGUUAUAAUUACUGCCGAGAGAACUUUCUGUCAGGAAGAGUUCUCCAGGACAUCGCCAGCCUCAAACGGCAGUUCACUGAAUUGUUAUCAGAUAUAGGGUUUGUGAAGGAAGGACUGAGAGCAAGAGAUAUUGAGAAGAGAUGGUCCCAGGGUGGAGAUGGUAUACUGGAAGCCACUGGAGAGGAGGCAAACUCGAAUGCUGAGAAUACUAAGCUGAUAUCGGCAAUAUUAUGUGCUGCUCUAUAUCCAAAUGUAGUUCAGGUAAAAACUCCAGAAGGGAAAUUUCAAAAGACCAGUACAGGAGCUGUUAAAAUGCAACCCAAAGUGGAAGAGUUGAAAUUUGUCACUAAGAAUGAUGAUUAUGUUCACAUCCACCCUUCUUCAGUGAACUAUCAGACGAGACACUUUGAGAGUCCCUACCUUGUAUACCAUGAGAAGAUCAAGACCAGCCGAGUGUUCAUCCGAGACUGCAGCAUGGUGUCUGUGUACCCACUGCUUCUGUUUGGUGGAGGCCAGGUGAAUGUGAAGCUUAAAAAAGGAGAGUUUAUUGUCUCCCUGGAUGAUGGUUGGAUUCGUUUUGCAGCUUCCUCCCAUCAGGUGGCAGAAUUGGUUAAGGAACUUCGUUGUGAACUUGACCAGCUCCUCCAAGAUAAAAUCAAGAACCCCAGCAUGGAUCUCUGCACUUGCCCAAGAGGAUCAAGGAUUAUCAGCAUGAUUGUAAAGCUUGUCACUACCCAGUAAUAGAUGGCCUUGGUAGUGGAUACUUUCCUCUCACAUAGUUAUAAUUCUCCUAGGAAAUAUCAGUAUGUCUACCUUUGGAAUUGUUUGAUGGUGGUAUUAGCCGUGGUAAUGGCAUCCAUUGUUUACAAAUACUGAAUCAGCAAAGGUACCUUUCUGAAGAGUUUCCAGGAUAUAUUGAAGUCCUUCAAACAAAAGUAGGGACAAUCCCAGUGUGACUUGGGUGGGGUGUGACUAUGAUGAGAUGCACUAUAACCAAAGUUUUGCCUGUUUUCCUUUUUCUUUGACAGCUUCAAGUGAAUGAGAUUCACCUGGUAACACAAACCCAAUUUUAAUAUAUUCUUACUUUUUGUCUGUUAUUUUUUUCCCAGCACAGUCCUUCUGAUUGCCUUUUUACUAGGUGUGGAAUGGGCUCUGGUGAAAAUACUUAGUGCUUGUUUUCAAUGCAAAGAUCCUGUUGAUUAGCUAGAAUUAAGAACAGAGUAAAAAUCAUGUGAUCAGGAAAUGUAGAAGACCUAUUUUGAGCCACUUAGAAUGAUGGUUACUUGACUUAGGAAGUGUUUUUUUGCUCACUAAAGGUCAGUUUAAGAAACAAUACUAAUGAGAAUGAAUUGUAUGCUGAAACAUGUAUAAGCUGGUCUAGUCAUUUAGCAGUCUCACUGUUCUUAGAAACUAGACAAAAUAGGACUACCUUCUGUUGCGUGGCUGUUCCCCAGAACUCUGCCUUCAUCUCUCCAUUUAGAAAUUUUCGUUGGUUUUUAGAAAAAAAUAUUUUAAAUUCAGCUUUAUCUGAUAAAAUUCUAUUUCCAUAUGCGAAAUAGAAUUGAUAGUAAUCAAUAAGGCAGAAUUGACAUAUUUUAAAUAGAAAAAGUCGUUUGUAUUCUCACAUCUGAGCAGUCAAGUAUUUUCUGUUUGUUAAUGCCUUCAAUGUUAAAUCACUGCUUAUCUUAAUGAUUGCAUUAAGAUUUGGAAGAGUAGAGACAUACGCCUCCCAGCCCAUUUAUCAGAAGAGUGGCCUUAAAGAUCCCAAAGUUCACACAGCUGAACAGAAGAAACAGUUAAUACUUGACAUUUUGCCAUGCAUCAGCUAGUAAAGCAUUGUCAUCCUUUCAAACUUUAUCCAUGUCCUCUGAAACUUAUUAGCUAGCCAUGUUAAUGACGAUAGAUCCUUUUCAUAGUGUCAUUUUUUUACUUACCUUUAUAGGAAACUUUCCACAUUAUCCACAGUGAUCAGCAUCAAUAUGUUUAUGAGCACAUUUUAUCAAAGUGUUUAAACUUUAGGGGAAAACUUGAAAGGCUCAUUUAAGUCAACAUGUAAAAGGAACAAAUAGUUCCAUGCAAGUAGUUUAAAUAAAAACAAAGAUAUUUCUAUAUCUAGUAAUAGAGCACCUAAAUUAUAGUUUGUGCUUUCUCUUGAACUAAGUAUCAAAAUACAGAAACUGCUAAGUUGACACAUUUAGGAGAAAUGACAUGGGAUAAUGAACGGUUGGCACAAGGAAGCUGGUACUGCCAUCGUUAACAAUGUACAGUAUGGGCCUUCUGUCCUUGGGACUAUUGUUAUAAUACAUAUCACAAGUAUUUAGUGGAUAGAUGACAAAUAUUGCUAAGUGACCUAAGGAAUUUUAUUAAGUUGUGCUACCUUUUAUAAGCAUGAAUUUUCUUAAGGUUAAACAUUACAAUCAUGAUAUAAGAAAUUUACUUUUACCAAUGAAUACUAGUAUAUUAUGUGCUAUUUCAAACUGAAAAUUUGAUUUUUUUAAACACCAACAAGACAGGUUGUUGGUAUUUAGUAUGCUUUUAAGGAGCGCUUGAUAAAUGGUUUAUUAAAAUCAUAUAUUUAUUUUACUAUUAUUGGAAUCUAGCUAAAAAUAAUAAAUCAUUUGUCAUUAAUUAGUAUGCCCUGAUAUUUGUGCCAUGAAUAUUAUACAGAUGACUCAUGGGAAAGUUUCCAUGGGACUGAAAACUCUUAUGGAUAUGGUUAUGUAACAUAGCAUGUCAAUAAUGUGGUAUCUUCAUCUUUCUGCUCCUAUUCAUAUUUGAUUGGAGACAAAAGAAAAGGCAAAGAAGGGGUGGAAUCACUGCUCUUUUGCUUUUUCGUUUUUUCGCUCAAGGAAAUGCUCUUCAUAGUGGGGAGUAUUAAAAAAGGAUCAAAAAUAAAUUAAAACCCUAAAUAAACGGAGAAUGUGGGAAGAGAUUUCUGAGAUGAUAGUACACCAAGUUCCCAAACAGGCUUUCCAGAAAAUUACUUUGACUAUUAUUUGGGACAAACCACUGGAACUUCUUUUUAACAUGGGAAAAAGUUGAAACAUAUAUCAUUGAAGAUGCCUACAGUUUGGUACAGUUGUACAUUUUAUAAUUUUUAAUUCUCAUAUGGAAUAAAGCCAGUGUUUCCUAA